GCCAAGUAGCACAGCGGAGUGUGUCUCCGCUACGGUGUAAUAUGUGAGGUUAAGUUGGACAUAGGGAAUCAUGUCACAGACGACAAGAAGUGACGAUUCUCUUUUGGAAGAAAGAAUCGAAAAAAUAAGGAAAAACAACGAAAGAAUUCAACGAAGAUAUUUGGAAGUGGAAGCUGAUAAACAGAAUGCUGCAAAAUUAAAUGCUCUGGUCCAGCUAUCUCCUCCACAUGAAGAUGAAGAACCACGGUUCAGUCAUCCAAGAUUACCAAAGAAGUCUGAGAGGGACGUGCAUGAGCAAGGUCAGGAGAAUGAACUAAGUUAUUCACCGAGAGCCUCAGCUCGUGAACAUAAUCGAUUUGGUCCAUCAGCACAACCAUAUACCAGCACAAAAAGCCACAGUUUCUCGCAGGAUGAUGGACCACCUCCAGAUCCUGUGUACAACUUCUUGGCAGAUCGACAGCGUGAUCCGAGAGCCAGUCCUCGUGGUGCUCCAUUUCAAAGAGGAGGUCGUGGUAACCGUGGCAUGCCAACACAGUAUAGAGAGAGAACAGGGCCACCUGAAACAAGGGGCAAAUUCUCUAGAGGUCGUGGACGUGGCUCAGAUGGCCCUCAUCAACACGCCUACGAGAUGUGGAAAUCUGAAAGAUAUCAGAUAGACCAAGAACGCAUCAACAGACAGAAGACUGCAGGAGGAGAAUGGAAGAGAGAAUGGGACAAGGAAAAGGUGUCUGAAGAUGUUGACAAUGACUGGCCACCUAGUGCAGGACAAGGGAGAAUUCCCUACCGCCGUGAUAAACACACAUUGGAAAGCUAUAUUCCUAGAGAUGGAGGUCAUCCUUCUGGAGUAAAUCAUCCAGAAACAAACAGAGAUGGAAAAGGAGUCACAAGAAAGAAAAAAACACAUGAUGCAGCCUCACCUUUUGCCGCUCAAGAUAAAAGGCUUGCAGCUAAAAGCCCCAAACCAGAAAGAAGGACUGUGAAGGAUUUGGGAAUAUCACUGCAAGUGUCUGUGAAGAAUGAUCAUGCUGCUGCACCUCCAGUUCAGAGAGUGAAAGUAUCACCAAAGAACAUAGCAGGAACAGGUAGAGUAGGACCACGUCAACAAGCAAGAAUGAGCUACAGUAGUCAGUCAGAAGAUGAAACAGUCCGUGUGAAUACUGAAAGGAAGGUUCCCAGCAAACGACAGAACAAGAAAUAUGAGCAAUCUCCAGAAACCAAAUCUCUUUCUGGGGCUAGUACACUAUCAUCAAAGGAGAAAGAGGUGGCUCAUGGUGCUUCUGAAGCUAAUGUGACUGGUGCUGCAAAGCCACCAUUACCCCCUGUUUGUGACGCAAGGACAGGAAAUGAAAUGCCAAAACCAAAGCGACAGAUACUAAAAGCAGUACGACAGAGAGGACAGAGAAAUUCUACAAAUAAAAGUUAUGGAACAAAGUCAAGUGACUCAGAUAAAAAGGAAAGUAGUGAUGAUGCGAAGGAAAGGAGUGAAUCAGGAGAUGAUGGGUGGGAAGAUGUGACUACUACAAGUGGAACUGAGAGUAUGUCUGAAGAUGCUGUGCCUUCUCAAAUGGAAAAUAGUCCAUGUGUAGUUGCUAUGAAUGAUUUGAGUUUGAGUGAAACAAAGGAAGUUUCUGAAGCUAAUUAUAUGAGCAAAACCCAAAAUAAUUCUGAAGAAGCUGUUAUGCCUUCAGAAGGAACAGACCACACAGAAAGGAAAAUGUCUGAUAUUGACAACUUAUGUUCUAGUACUACUGAUCAGUCAACUGCUGAAAAUCAUAGAAAAAGUGCAUGUGAUUCUAAUCAUUCUGCUGUGGAUACUGAAACACUGUCUGAUAUUAACAACUUGUGUUCUAGUUCUACCGGCCAGUCAACUCCAGAGAGCUGUGGAAAUGCUCCACAUGAUUCUACUGGUAGUUCUGCUGUGGAUGCUGAAACAGUGUGCACAAGUGACACUGGUCUUUCACCUGGAGAUACUAAGCAAGAAGAGCUGUUGAAUUCUGCAGCUGUUGAAAUUCAGCAAAAUGAAACAGGGAAUCCAAACUGUUAUAGCACUGAUGCUGUAACAAUAGCUGUGGAAAGCAAAGAAACAGAUUUAGCAACACCUGAGCAGAGCAGCAAAGGAAGUGAGGGAAAAAUGGAUGAAAAAUAAUUUGUUGCAGUUUAUUGCCAUGUAAUUACUAAUGUGCUCAAAAUUCUGUUUCAAUUACAUUCUCCAUUAAACUUUGCAAAAGCUUUGCAUAUUUGUGCUGAAGGGAAUAUUUAUAGUUUUUGUUGGUUAUAUUUUGUUUAGUCUGUGCUAUUUUGUAGGAAUUAAUAGCCUCCUUGCCUGGUCCUUAUUGUAUGGUUCUAAAUGUUGCUAUGCUAAUUGUGUUGAAGAUAAUUCAGACCUCUAUUCCCUACCCAUACAUUAAUGCAAAAAUGUAUUUUGUACUGUAGUAUUUAUAAUGAACACUUUUUAUAAUCUAAUAAUUUAUUGUUAUUUAUGCUUUUUCCUGUUGAAAAUCCUCUGGAAGUUCUCACAUUUAUUUUCAUGAAAUUAUGUAACAGGUAAUAAAAUAAUUUAUGAUUUCAUGUCAAGCUGUGAUGAAAUUAAGGGAUGCUUUAACUUUUUGUAGUGUAAUAAACAGAUUGUAUGUAAUACUUCAAACAUGAGAAAGUGCAUGUCAGACUUACACUGGAAUGUUAUAGUUUUCAAUUACAGCAAGUUUUUGAAUUUCAUACAUUAUUAAAUAUGCUGAAAGAAAUAGCUUUAUUUAAUUAAAUUCUUCUGGCAGUCUAUACACUUAGACGUAUUCUUCAGUUCCUUUGUGGUGUUGUUUAUACAUAGUACUGGAUACAUUGUAUUCACAGAAAUGGAAGGCACUGCUUCUCAAGCCAAAAAUUUACAUAAAAAUCAUCUGCUGUGAGUAUAUUACUAUAUGUACAACUUACAAAUACUACGUUUGGUUCUGUCAAAAUUAAUUUUAUAAGUGUCAGUGUUGUUGUAAUUUACAACUUUUUGAAAGAACAUGCUGUACUGUUACCAUAUUUAUGAAUGGUAUCCAGAACUUGAAUAGUUUCAUUUCAAAUAUGGCCUCUAGACCUGUAUCUUUUGUGAUGAAACAUAAAUACUUCAGCUUGAAUGUUAUGUACAUGCUAGAAAAUUUUUAAAAUUUGUCAUUCAGUGUAUUGACAGAGGCAUGAUGUGAGAAUAAAUUGAAGAUAUUUUCUGGAUGUGUUAGUUUUUGAGAAGGAGAAUUUUUAAUGUUACUGUGGGUGUCUUAUAAAUUAAAACAUGUAAUUACAGACCUCACAUUGACUGAGUGCUAUUGUAUUAGAGUGCUUUACUGAUGGAAAUCAGGCUGUCAUUCUGUACUGAAUAUCAUUAUUAUUUCCAAAAUUGAUAUAUUUAAAUCCUACAGAUUCCAUCAUUUUGGAUGCUGUCUGUACUGCAAACUGUACCUACAUCUGGAGAUGAGUUUAUAAGUCUAAUAUAAUCUACACAUAUGGUUAAACCAAAUUUCAGAAACAGGACAGUGGUACUUUUUGUAUUUUGUGAUAAAUAUACAAAUUAAGUGAAAAUUCAUAAUGGAUGUUUAUAACUACUGGAAAUAUUUUCAUUCUUCUGAACUAAUUAAUUACUUUUGUGGUUUAUCAAGUUUUCUGAAGUCUGUACUCAUGAAAAUAGUUUCCUCUUUAAACCACAUGAUAUUAAACUAUAAUCUGUGGAUAGCUUGACCUAUGUGCUGCAUUAAAUUAUCUUUCAUA